CCUUUCUCGACUCUCGCAAUUGACGUCUUUCUCGCUUGGACGGCUUGCUGGCGAUAAGGGACCCUCCAGUUUCGUCAUGAGGACACAUUUGGAACGCUAGCCGGAUACACAGGACCUCCCCUUCCACUUCCACCAACUCCCUCGAGAACCCACGACUUCUUUAUUCGUAGCGCAGGUAAUUCGCUCCUGUCCAUUUUGUCUAGAAUGGGCGUCCCGGAACCCAAAUAUGCCUUGAGCGGCCAUUGCUCCGUCAUACACAAUAACACGCUUUAUGUUUAUUCGCCUGCCGGAUUCCAGUCAUUGGCCUUGGAAGAAGGGGCGGAAUGGGAGCAACUCCCCAUGGACAUUUCCCUAACCGGGGCACUGUGUGUCAAGGCGGUGCCAGGUGGGAACAAAGAGGCGGCGAGGCUCUACAUUGUAGGAGGAUCCGUGAACGCGACUGCUGCAUCGUGGGACUACCCGGGCUUGAUGCACUACACGUUCGCUGAGAAGAAAUGGGACUGGGUUCGCCCCGAGACAUUUGUUACGCAAAACCGACAGAAUCAUGCUGCCGCGUACAUUGAUGAUAUUCGGUCUAUCCUAGUGUAUUCGGGAUCCCAGAUCACCGGCGACAAUGGCCCUUCGUCGCAAACCUUCCUCAUUUCAACAGAGCCGCCUUUCAAAAUAAAGAGCUCGCCUUCAAAUGAUGCACCACCGGCUGUCCGCCCACUUCUUCUCCCAUGGGACGAGAAGAGCGCCGUCAUGCUCGGCGGAGGACCCCAAAACACCGCAGUCUUCCUAUUCAGCUCUCAAGGAGGCUGGCGGAAUCUCGGUGUUACCCUCACGGAGCCCUUCACAAAUCAAGAUACCGAACAAUGCACUUUGGUAUCCGGAGAUGACGGGAGCAAGGUCUUGGAGAGGUUCGAUAUGGGGGCGACACCCAACAGAGUCUCACGCAUUGCCCUCCUCAAUCAAGGCGGAACCAUUGCUGCCCCCGGAACGACCGUUGGGGAUAAGGCCAAGCGACUUACCAUCAGUGACUGGCCAGCGUACAAUGGUACACUUGCUCCAACCGUGACGCGCGCAGGAUUCUCUAUUGCGCAGGAUGAUGACGGUGUCGCAGUUAUUACUGGAGGAAACCCGGUGGAUCCGUUGUGCAUAUUCGAUCAACGCGCGAACGAGUGGGUGAACGCAACGCAACUCUUUGCAGGAGAUCAACUGGUAAUCCAAUCGAGUCCCUCGUCCACAGUAUCGACAGGAACCCCAACCGCGACGGAACCCCCCGCGGCCUCAUCUUCUGGCGUCGGGGCAGCAGCAGCAGCGGUACCUGACAGGAAGGCGAGAAUGCUCACUGUACUCGGCGCUACGUUGGGAGCAAUAUGUGGCCUUGCGGCACUUCUGAUACUGUUUCUCCUGUGUCUUAAACGCAGCAAAGCAAAGAAGAGGAGGGAGAUCCAGUCCGCCUAUAUUGAGAAAGAUCGCCUCAGCUUUGCCGACCGUGGUGCGCAUUUCAUGAGUGAGGCCGGAGGGUCCGUAGGCCGCCAAUUCUCCGCCUCUCAAACUUCGCUGGCCAUCAUAUCUGGACAUCCCGCAACAAAUCACAAGAGAGGGUUGGGACCAUUGGGUAGUGACGCGAGUACGGCGGGGUUGAUCUCAAAGAAGAGUCCACUAGCCUACUCUGAGCCUGUUGAGCUGUCCAAGUUUGACCUCAAACCGGAGCCUAUCGGAGAGGAGAAGAUUGUUCGACAGAACUCUGGCCGUAACCCGCCGCGAGGGGGAGCGCAUACGGGGCGGAGUCGAAGUUCUGGUUGGAGCAAAUACUUUACCAAUAAUGAGGCCACCAACCUUGCGCAGCCUUCGAAUCGGUCGACUUUCGCAUCCGAGCGAACAAGUACAGGGAGUCAAUCCAACUACACCGAUUCCCGGAUGCUGUCGCACAUGGUACCUCCUCUCGAGAUACCGAAAUUCGAGAAUCAGCGCGUCAGCAGAGUCCCGACCGGAAGCCCAACCCUGGGUCACUCGCAAGAAAACCUGCCGGCAGAGCCCAUGCAAGCGGAACUGGGACGAGCAAACUCAAAUUCGAGCACGGGAUCGCGACGUAGCCAGGGUGACUAUUACCAUCGCGCCCCUGUUGAGUCGUGGACCCCUGUGGGUGCGCAGGAAAGGCCGCCCAGCAGUACCUAUACGGAUAGCAUGGUCGGCGACAUCCACCUUCGAGACGGCACAAGCUCCUACUACCCCGACGGAGCCAGCUCCUUCUAUCCAAAGAGUAACUACAGUUCCUUCUAUCCAGGCCAAACGCCGUUACACCCACCCGAAGGGCGUGAGAGCACCGUCACCGUCUUCCCCGGUGGACAACCAGGGGGCAACGGCUUCGCGUCCUAUCCCGCGAAUAGCCACGGUUCGGGUUUCAACUUGCCACCCAGGAUCGGCAACCCGGAGGAUCGCGAGAGCACUGUCACUGUUUUCCCUCGCGGGGUGCCAGAGCGGCCAUCCAACAACGCGCAGCAAGACAUGUCUUGGUUGAACCUGGGCGCUGGGAAGUAAGGGACCCGGUUGCAAUGAGCCUGCGUUUCUCUGUGCGGCCCGCGAGGCAUGUCUGGCGCUCUGGACCAUGCAACCCUUUCUCACUGCAUCCUCUUGUCCCCCUU